CCUCUGUGCCCACAGCGCAAGUAAAGGCCUUCUUGGGACAAGGGUCAUCCUGUGUCUUCUCAUCUGGAGACUAGGGGACAAAGGGAGAGAAAGGAGGCAGGAAGGCAAGCCAAGGGGUCCUGCAAGUGGGAGCUUUCUGAGCUCUGGGAGAUCCAGGUCUUGGCUGGUAGGAUUUGGCCAGGAGGCCCCGCUUCAGACAGAUGCCCUGGGAGUAGACGGGCCCUGCUAGAGUGGACAGAGAACUUAAACUUGGUCCAAGAGCACCUAGAAGCAGAUUCUUAACAAAGUGCCUCUUAGUUGCGCUCUCAAUGUGGGAAAACAGCAGGGAAUGCAAUUUCAAAAGGAAUAAUACUGGAUCUCAUACUGGGAAAUCGACCAAAAGGAAUCAGCAGAACAGGGUAGGGGAAAGCCUGCGUCUUGCAGGGCUUUUCCCAGGAGAACUGGAAUUAUAGGUGCUAAGAAGCAAUUUGGAGAGUCGGUGGAUGGGUGAGUGGCUGCUCUGCUCCGCACACGACCACAGCACAAAGCCACAACGUGGCUGCAGCAGCCACGGCCUGACUCAUGUAUGCUGCCUCAGCACGUCUGGGCUGUGGGAAUAUUGCCAGCCUUCUGCUUGGACAACCUCCACAUCCAAGCCUCAGGGCGAUCGUCUGUGGCAGUCUGAUGAGAGCCCACCACCAGAUUACAGCAGCAGCCUGCACAGUCCCCUGUCAGCAAGCUGGGUGAGUUUCGGGAGCAAACUGGGGCCCCAGAGAAGGAGGCAGGCCGCUGGCACACAGAUGCCAGCUACUGAGGCUUUUUCUACGUACUUUUCAUGCAGUCGGGAAGUAACUCCUAUUAUCCUUGUAAUGACCAAUGAACUGACAUUUCCCAAGAGGAGCAAAACCAAACAAGGCCCAAGUAUCCGGACUGGUCUUGAACUGGAACAGGAAAGAUACAGGCAGAUGACGGUUCACUGGAGCAGGCCCUGUUCAGUGUGUGCUUUCAUCCGUCUUCAAUGCACAUUUGCAACCUGUUGCUUGUCCAAUGUGUUGAUUUCAAGAUCAUUGGUUAAUCAAAUUCAUCAACAGAUGUACUUAAUUUACUGA